AUGGAAUCAAAGAAUUCCAAUGUCGAUUUAGCACUUGCAAAAGAAAAACGUGUUGAAGGUGUUAAAAUCUCUCAGAAACAAAAAUCUCUAUUUAAGAAAGCAAAUGAGCUUUUCAUUUUAUGUGGAAUCCAAAUAGCUUACCCCUGUCUCACAAGAGAAAAUUAUGAAAAAUGGUGUCUACGAAUGAAAGCCAUUUUUGGCUCACAAGAUGUUUGGGACAUUGUAGACAAAGGGUAUACAAAGCCCGUUAAUGAGGAAACUUUGCCCUCAAAUGAAAAGAAGGUCUUGUUAAAGACAAGAAAGAAAGAUCAACAGGCCCUCACUCUUAUCCAUCAAUGUUUGGAUGAUGGUAUGUUUGAGAAGGUCGCUGAUGCCCCCACCUCAAAAGAAGCUUGGGAGAUUUUACAAAAUUCUCUUCAAGUAGUUGAUAUAGUAAAGAAUAUAAAACUUCAAACUCUAAGGGCUGACUUUGAAGUUUUGAAAAUGAGAGAAUCUGAAUCCAUUUCGGAUUUCUGUUCAAGAUUGAUGGUUGUUGUAAAUCAACUAAGAAGAUACGGGGAGGAAGUAGAUGAUGUGUGUGUGGCAGAAAAAAUUCUUCGUUCUUUAACACCUAAAUUUGAUUAUGUGGUGCGUGUUAUUGAGGAGUCUAAAAACUUAGACUCUAUUACGGUAGAACAAUUGGAAGGUUCUUUACUAGCCCACGAAGAGAAAAUGAAAAGGAGAAAAGAAGAGCCACUAGAGCAACUUCUUAAAACCCAAGCAUCCUUCAAAGGAUUUGAAGUUGAGAAAAUUUACAAAGGAAAUGGACAAUGGCGAGGCCGUGGAGGCCUUGGAAGAGGAAGAAGUUACACCAACAAAUUCAACAAUGAAGAUAAAAGUCACCAGUCAUUUAGAGGUCGUGGUCGUGGUCAACGAGGAGGUAAAGGACGUGGAGCCUAUCAAGGUACAAAUGAAAUGAUGUAUGACAAAUCUAAAAUUGAGUGUUAUAACUGUCAUAAAAUUGGACAUUACUCUUAG